AUGGAUGUGGUGCUGCCCUUUGCCUCGUGCCCCUGGACUUGUCCCCCAGAGACCCCCUGCGGUGUUCUCUCGCGCCCCCUCCCCAGAGCAAAGGCCAACAGAGCCUUUAGCAGGGUCAGCGCUGUGGCCUCUGCAGAGAGACUCCUCUGGCCGCGCCCUGGCACCUGCCCCAUCGCCUUGUCGCCACACCUGCCGCCGGGGGAGGGGGUGCCGGCUGUUCUGUGUCUGUGUCGUGUCCGUGCGGUGGGGGAGGGGGGUGGGCAGGGUAGCUUCCCCCCCUGUGUUGCGGCGCCCCGGAGCCCCGCUGCUGAUGAUGAGCUGCCUCUAACUGGUCUUGACCACGAGCUGCCUCUGAAUUGCAGGGGGGCCCCCAGCGGCGCCUGA